CGUUUUCACUUUGCAUUUCACACAUCAUCCUAAUUGACAUCUACUUAGAACUAAGAUGCCGAUCGAAGAGGAUUUUGGGGACGAUGAUAUCUUUGAGAUUCUUGACAUUGAUCAGUUGCAGAAUCAUGGGAUUGGUGCAAGUGAUAUUUCGAAAUUGAAGGCUUCGGGUUAUUGGACCAUUUCUUCUGUUUGUGCGGCUACUAGGAGGAAUCUAUCCAGGAUCAAAGGUUUUUCUGAGCAGAAAACCGAGAAAGUCAAGGAGGCGGCGGGGAAAUGCGCUGUAGAAAUCUCACGCCCGUGA